UAUCUUAUUGACACUGACUGAAUUCAUUUAUCUGUAUUUCAUCACAGAAAAAUGGAAUACUUGAAGAAAAAGUGGUCAGUUUGGUUCCAAACAUUAGAUGAUGACCGCGACGGUGUAAUAUCCACUAAGGACGUGGGCAUCGCGACCAAGAAGUUUGCGGGAAUUAAGGAGGAAUUAGAAAGAAGGGACAAAUCAGGAGACAAGGGACCAGAGAGUAGGGAGUUUGACAUCAACAAAUGGUGGAACGUCUACAUCUUCCGUAGGGGUUCCGAGGUGAAGAUGACGAACGAUGAAUUCGAGAUGACGAACGAUGAAUUCGUGAAUUCUCUCGCAGAGGCCUACCAAAAAGACAAUGCUGCUUUCCCUGAGGAAAUGGAGCGAUGUUUCGAGGACAUUGCAAACUUUCUCACACCUGACAUGAAGCGAGAUAUUACCAAAGAGGAGUUCGCCGAUGCUUUCAAGGCUUUUAUGGUCGGCCAGGUAGACGAGAAAAAGAUUGAGGAGGCAUACGAGCUGUUCAUGGCCGCCCAUGAAAAGCUCACCGUACAGUUGAUAGUUGACGCCUGGGUCCAGUUCACAGCAGAUGUCGAUCAAAGCAAACAGGAUAUCAUUAUGGAAAUUUAUGGAAACUAACCAUUUGCUUUUGAACAUUGAAAUUGUACGAUAUAUUUUAGCAUUUUACAAUAUAGUUAAAAUGAUAAAAUGGCAAAUGAAUUAUGAAAGGCACUACCCUGAUCAAAGUAUGGCUUUUGAGCACUAAAAAAGCAUGUUCGAUACAUUUUGAAGUUUAUGCUCUGUUGAAAUAAGCUGAAUGUUGCAAAACAAUAAUAAAUCGUUUAAAGAAUUCUUGAA